ACCCUGACACGCAUAAUGGCGGUCAGUGGGUUGCGUAUAUUUGUGUUUGACAAAAUAUGAGAUUUUAAAACGUUAUGUGUCAGUUUAUUUUGUCCCAACAGAUUUGAGAAACUCUUGACUUACAACAAUUUUAUAACGGGAUGAUAAAAUUAAGUUACCACAAUGCAUGAACUCUUUGCUCAAGUUCUAAACAACAGAGAUCUGUCCCGAGCUGGUGAUCUGUUUUCCUUGGAUGACCAAAGCAUUGUGGGGGAUUUGUCAGAGGUUCUGUCCAAGAUCCAGGAAAUAUCGAGUGCCUCGGAAUUCAUUCUUAAUGGCAACAACCAGAGUGUUGUGGAGAUUUGCAUAAAUAGGGUAACCUCUGCAAUUAGGGACACUGGAACUAUCGAAAAACAUGCUCCAGCUCUUGUUUCUUUAUUGGAAUCCUGUCUUAACCAUGACCUUCGCCCUUCCAGUAAGGAUGAAGACCCACCCCAUGCAAAAAUUGCCUCAGAAAUUGUCAACUGUAUUUUUCUGAAUUACAGCCGUAAACCAGUAAUGAAGCUGCUACUGCCCGUGGCUGUCAAGUUUCUCCAUCGUGGCAACAAAGAACUCCGGAGAAAUCUCUCGAGUUAUCUGUCUUUGGCUGCAAACAACAAUGCAGAACUGCUGGCACCUCACAUUCAGCCAAUUAUAGAUAGUGUCAUAAGUGGAAACUAUUUGCUUGUGAAAGUUCUCCCACAGAUAUAUGCUGUCAACAAAGAACCAAUUCAUGACCACGUGAUGGCACUAGUUUCCUUGUUGCCUUUGUGCGAGAACUCUGAGAAGAUAAUCCUUCUAAAAUUAUUUAGUUUAAUUGCCAAAAACAAACCUUCGUUAUUGGAGAGCAAUUUGCCACAGUUGAGUGAGUGCCUGACGAUCUCGAGUUGUGUUAUGUGCGUACUUCAGAUAUUCCUUGACAUGGCUGCAAUCCGUCCCUUACCAUUUACAGAACAUCAGCAGAAGAUGAAGGCAGUGGGAGAGCAGCAGCCUGGGUCGCUACCUCUCGUAGCUCGCAUACUUGGGAUCAUUGGGAAGUUAAGCCUGGAAAGAGGAAAAGACUGUUUAGAUUACUUGGUAGCCCAACUAGCUAAAACUGACCAUUCAAGUUUGCAUGCCUUGUUAAGAGAAAUCAAAGGGAUAACGGAAGUCUAUCCUGUGCUCUUGCCACGCUACCUGCCUGAUAUCUGUAGUCAGGCUGAAGGGUCCACCUCAACAGCUCGGUGGUACAUUCAGGAGCUGAAAGCAGACUAUGCAAAUCCUAAUCGUCACCAACAUCACUUGAAUCAGACUUCUGGGGGCAUCACGAUUGUUCGAGUCGGAGGCAGCAAGCAAGACUUGGUUGCUAUGACAACAUCUACGAACAGUAUAGUAACAACUCUCUGCACCACAACAGUCAUGUCAGUAACAACCCCCAUAACGUCCACAAAGUCUGGUAUGCAGAGUAAUGUAGCUGGUCUGUCUCGAGAGAGCCGAGGAAAUAUAGCUAAUUCAAAACACAGCCUGGUGACUGUACCAGAGCGAAGAUCACUUAGUCAACUGCUUUCCAACCAACCUAUGAACCGUAGCUUAAGUAGGCUUUCGACAGCUGGAGGAAUUAUGGUUCAUCACAGUAAUGGUAGACUGAGUUCUCCAACUGGACGAGCUGUCAGUAUGACUAAGCUAAGUUCUGGAUCUGGUGUUAACAAAAGUUUCACGGCCCUCAACAACCGACACACUGUGGCUUCCCAGACUUCUCGAAUAACAAGUGGUGGUGUGACGAUCACCACCUCGGCCACAACUGCAAAACAGAAGAGUUUUAGUGGUAGCAUUCCAGUUCUUGAGGAAGAAAGCCACAGCAAAAUGACCGUAUCCAUAACAAGUUCCACUGUUAAAAGUGAUUCCACUGGCGAAACUCCAUCAUUCCAUCCAAGUCAUUGCUCAUCUGCUACUUCUGCGACAAGUCAUUUCGCAGCAACAUCACAUUCCAUCGGUGGCAGCCCAGAGCCCUCCUCUCCAUCUAGUACAACAUCACCCUCAAGUGGCAGCAUGUACUCCAAGACACUCAAAACAAGAAAUAGUUCUACUAGUGUAACAGUUAUCACAAACUCGGGAAAUCGGUCACCUUCUGGAACGCAGCGUAUUUCAGUAUUCGAACCUUCUCCAAUGAGAGAUGCCAUCCAGCACUUCUGCAAGAAACACUUGGAUAAGAUUAAGUCUUACAUGCAACACGUCUUUGUGAAAAUUCCUCUUCCGGUGAAGUGCGUUAUUGAAGAAAGGAAAGCUAAAAAGCAUGCUAAGCUUCACUUUGCAUGUCAAGGGCGAGGAGAACAUUGCUUAUACAACAAGACGUAUUUCAUUAUGAAGACCAAAAACCCAAGGAUAUGGAUCCACCUGAUGUUCCUAGCCCUCCAGGCACGUGCACCUUCAGCGUUAAGCUCCCGAGAAACUUCUGUCAGUAGUCUUAGGAACUGCUGGGACACGUUGAAGGUGGACAACAAGACAUUCCUGACACUAGUGACCUCUGCCUUUCCAUCAGCUAAAGAUCAAGACUUACUGAUUAGUGAACUGAGAAAUAACAGAUUCUUUGAUGUAUUCGAAUAUAAUGCCCCUAAGAAUCUGUGGGGUUGCUUUCUGUGUAACCAUCCAGAUCGUGCUAUGGGCUUCUUGCAAGACAGUGAGCCAGUGAUCGAGGGACAACUGAAAGAAAAGAAAGCAAAAUGGAAGAUUUUUCGUCGCUGGAGAACUCGGUAUUUUACACUGUCUGGAGCUCAUUUGUCUUACCGUGACUCCGAAAAAGAUAAGGAGGUUCAGCCAAUAGAAGUAAGCCAAAUCCGUAGCGUACGUGCCAUUAGUAGUAGAGGAAGAUCUAUUCCAAAAGCAUUUGAGAUCUUCACAAAUGAUAAGACCUACGUGUUAAAGGCGAAAGAUAGCAGAAACACGGAGCAGUGGGUCCAGUGCCUGUCUAUAGCCAUGGCUCACAGUCAGGCUCGAGUUGCUCUCUGACAGAAGGGUGCAUCGUCAAAAAUAGAUAUUCCUUUAAAAGAAGACCAAUAUUUCAUAAUACAUAUGAAGCUGUUUUGAAGAACUAAGCCUUUUUUCCACUUUUGUUUCUAACUAACUAUUUCUCAGUGUCUUUUUAUUCUAUUUCAAAACAUUGUUUAUUGUGGACUAGAGCUUAUUUGUACUGAUAUUUUUUGUACAAAAAAUUUGUGCCUAAUUAAUAACCAUUAGUAGACUAACAUUAUAUUGCCAUCUAUCAGUGUUUUACUUCAGUAAAUUAACAAAAUUAUUAAUUUACAGUGAUUUUCAUUAGAUUGAAGAGUUUUUCUCAGUUUGCUAAAAGUUUCACUAAUUUUUUUUCCAGCAGCGAAUAUAAGAAAUUAGGUGUUUUUUUUCCAUCACACGAUCCUCAACUUACUAAAUAAAAAAAAAACUAUUCAUCUGAAAAUACAAAAUUAUUUUCAGAAUUAUGUGAAAUUCUGUUACAAUGGAAAUUUAACAUUCAUUCCCUUUAUAACUACUAUAUAUAUAUAUAAGUAAACCUAAAACUUAUUGCACACUGUGGUAAAAGACUAUGGAUACAAUUAAGGAAAAUAUACUAUAUUAGCGCAACCAUCCUACCAGGGGUAGUAAACUUCGAUGGUGUUCUUUUCCUGUAGCUAGUUAACUCCAGAUUAAAUUUUGUGAAAUAGUUUUUCAGCUACAAAAAUAUAUUUUAGAACAUAUAAGCCACCUUCUUAAUUUGAUAUUAUAGUAUCGCCAGAUGUAGUAAUGUUGGUAUUUAUCAGAACUUCUGUUUAGUUUUUCCCCAGGUGUAACUUUGAUAAUAGUAGUAAUAUAAUUACGGCAUGCCACCAUUGUAACAUGGAAGUUAGUUCUAUAUAUUUUUACUGCGAGUGUUACAAUAGGCUUUGCUUUUGUUACCGUUUAUGGACCAUGACAUUAAUCUUAGCUGAAUGUGAAAGCAAAAAAAAAGUUUUAGAAACAAA